AGUAAAAAAUAAAAUCCACAGCAUUCUUCUUCAAAAAUCGCAAGUCAAUACUUUGCUUUCAGAUUCAAAUUCAACGGACAUCUCAUCGAGCGAUCGAACGUUCAAAAAACAAUCCAAUCACAAUCAAAGUCGAUGAGAAUUCGCUGAGUCUCUCUCUCUCUCUCUCUCUCUCUCUCUCUCGGACUCUCUGUUGACGAAAAUACCGGGCGAGGAAAUGCAUACCCGAGCACCGCCGAACCGGCCGUCCGGUUCGAGUUUCGGGUCUCGGGUUUCGGUUCUCUUGCUCGCUAUGUUUGCCACCAUGGCCACGGUUUACGUCGCUGGCCGGCUAUGGCAGGAUGCGCAGAACAGAGCGUAUUUGAUUCGAGAGCUUGAUAAACGAGAUGGGCAGGGUCAUUCUGCCAUAUCUGUUGACUAUACACUAAAACUUAUAACCUGCAGGGAACAACAAAAGAAGUUGUCAGACCUUGAGAUGGACCUGGCUGCAGCAAGACAGGAGGGUUUUGUUCCAAAGCAGUUGUCAAAAAUUGAUGGGACUCGAUCUAAGAAAAAUCUUUUAGCUGUCAUAGGAAUUAUUACAACGUUUGGCCGAGAAAAAAAUAGAGAUGCUAUUCGCAAGGCAUGGAUGCCAACUGGUGCAGCUCUGGAAAAGUUGGCUGAUGAAAAGGGCAUCAUUAUGCGAUUUGUAAUAGGAAGAAGUGCAAAUCGUGGAGACAGUCUGGACAAACAAAUUGACAACGAAAAUAGGCAGACCAACGAUUUCAUCAUUCUUGAUGGUCAAGUGGAAGCACCUGAGGAGCGUCCAAGAAAGAUGAAAUCAUUUUUUAUUCAUGCAGUAGAGAAUUGGGAUGCUGACUUUUAUGCUAAGGCCAAUGAUGAUGUGUAUGUUAACAUUGAUGCCCUGGGAGCAAUGCUAACUACACAUCUGAAUGAGCCUCGCCUUUAUAUUGGGUGUAUGAAAUCAGGCGAAGUUUUUUCUGAGCCGACCCACAAAUGGUAUGAACCAGACUGGUGGAAAUUCGGCGACAAAAAAUCAUACUUUCAACAUGCUUCAGGGGAGUUAUAUGUCAUUUCAAAAGCACUGGCUCAGUUCAUGUCAAUAAACAGAUCUAUUCUUCGUAUGUAUGCUCAUGAUGAUGUUAGCACUGGAUCAUGGUUUAUUGGGCUUGAUGUGAAGCACAUUAAUGAAGGGAAGUUUUGCUGCUCCUGGUCGUCAGGGGCUAUUUGUGCAGCUGUGUGACUUGAGUUGUCUCCAACAAUGAGUUAGCGAAACCAUUGGUACAUAUAGCAAGGGAAGACCAUUCUCAUCACACCAGAUGUGCUUUUGACGUGAAUUCAUGAAGUGAUAAGGAUUUUUUUUCUACCAAAAGUUUAUUCCGGCUGUCUCGAAGCAUGGAUUUCUUGAUUUGAGAGAUUUUGUGAGUACAGAUCCUAACCUCCUAAUCAGUAUUUUUCAAGAGGCCACACAUAGUUCUCAUCCUCAAAGGCUUUGAAAGAUUUUGUUCGAUCCUAUGCAUGAUGCCUUGUAAUCAACUCUAUUUUCCACCUCAUUUUUUUCAAGUUAUUUUUCGCAUUUUGAAGAUUUUCAGAGUAUUUUUGUCAAAAGUCAAGAAAUUUUGCACUCAAGCUGAGGAUUUAAUAUAUAUCAGGACAAUUGGAACUUGAGGGGGGAAAAAGAAAAAAGGUACCGUAUAUAUGCACAUGCAUGAGUAUGACUGCAUGUUUCCACUGGGAUCAUGCAUUCAAUCUUCAUAUAAAUAUUCCAUGUUCAUGUCCAGGUUUCUUGCUAUUGUAUUCCUGCUGUGCUGUGGAUAGCUCUGUUUGUUAAUGCAUUUUAGGAUGUGCUUUUUGUGUUUGGUUUGAUAAA